GGCCCAACCUCCUCCUCCUCCUCUUCUUCCUCCUCUUUCUCCUCCUCCUCUGGGGUCCUGCCUCGGUUGACGGGGCCGGCUCCGAGCCCGGCAGAUGGACCGUUAGGGCCGAGAGCAACCGAUCUGACAACAUCUUUGUCUUCUCGAAAACGAUGUUCAACGGGACCCGCAUCAUCCUCAGCGCCACUGAGAUCUGCGAGGAGGGGACGACGUUCAAUGUCACCUGGUACCUGCGCAGCUCCCGCUGCCAUGAUGAGGUCAACAUUGACGAGCAGAAAGCGGCCGAGUACCUGCAGUUCCCCUCCCUGCAGCAGUCGGAGGAAGGUUCCGGCUUCUUCGUCUUCUUCACCCUCGGCCCCAUCAAUUGCAGCAGUCUGGGGCACAAGCUCCUGUCGUUUUUCCCGCCUUCCCAACUGAAGCAUCAUGAGUUUCUCCACCCCAAGCCCCUCGUCCUGCCACAGGAGCAGCAGGGGGAUGGGGAGAAGCCGCCGGGGGCCGGCCCGCAGCAGCCCGGGACCCCGGAGCCCAAGCCGCCGGCCCAGAGCGAGACCCUCGGCGCUCAGGGCGGGAAAGACGAGGCGUCCCGGGCGGGCUUGACGGCGGCAGCCCAGACGUGGGAGGACGGACCCUACGUCUUCGUGCUGAGGAUCGGCGCCGCCUCCGUCCGGAACCCCGCCCCUUACUGGGCGGUGACAGUGGACGUCCAGAUGAAGCACCCCCGCCACCUCUACAUCUCCGCCUCAGAGUGGCCCCUCAUGGCGUUCUACAUGGCCAUGUGCGUGGUGUACGUGUGCUACGCGGCGCUGUGGCUGCUGCUGCUGGCCUGGCACUGGCGGGACCUGCUGCGGAUCCAGCUGUGGGUGGGCGGCGUGGUGCUGCUGGGCAUGGUGGAGAAGGCCGUGGCCUACGCCCAGCUGCAGGCAUUGCAGACCCACGGCACGGCAGUGCCCGGGGCCGUGGUGUUCGCCGAGGUGCUGUGUGCUGUGAAACGGAUGUUGGCACGGGUCCUGGUCAUCAUCGCCAGCCUGGGCUAUGGCAUCGUCAAACCCCGGCUGGGUGUCCUGCUGAACCGCGUGGUGGGUGUGGGCCUGCUGUACCUCGCCUUCUCCCUCCUCGAGGGCCUGCUCAGGGUCCAGACAGCGCAGGAUGACCUGCUCCUGCUGGCAGCUAUUCCCCUCGCCCUUCUGGACUCUGCCUUGGCCUGGUGGAUCCUGGUGAGCCUGGUCCAGACCAUGAAGCUGCUGCGACUGCGGAGGAACGUGGUGAAGCUCUCGCUCUACCGCCAUUUCACCAACACGCUCAUCUUCGCCGUCAUCGCCUCUGUCAUCUUCAUCAUCUGGACCACCAAGACCUUCCGCCUUGCCAAGUGCCAGUCGGACUGGCGGGAGCUGUGGAUCGACGACGCGUUCUGGCGCUUCCUCUUCUCGCUCGUCCUGCUCGUCAUCAUGUUCCUGUGGCGGCCGUCCGCCAACAGCCAGAGGUAUGCGUUCAUGCCCCUGGUGGAGGAUGGUAGCGAGGAGGAGGAGGAAGAGGAGGAGGAGCAUACAGUGCACGCAGCCUUUGGAACCAAGAUGAGAAGCAGCAAGAACGAGACAAACGGGAUCCUGAAGCCGAACCGGGCGGAUGAAGACCUCAAGUGGGUGGAGGAGAAUAUUCCUUCUUCCAUGGCGGACGCCAUGCUCCCUCCCCUCCUGGACUCUGAUGAGGAAACCGUCACCACCCAGUUUGAGAUGUCGAAGAUGGAGUGAGCGGGCCUGUGUGUGUGUGUGUGUUCUUGUGUGUGUGUGUGUGUGAGAUAUGUCCCCAGGGCCCUGCCGGGGGCCGGGGCUGUACAUAGUGUAAAUGGUUCAAAGAUUAUUUUAUUAUAACUCAUCUUUUUCUAAUGGGGAGGGGCCCUGGGGCCCCAGCCCCCGACCAGUAGGGGGUGUCUCCUCAUUCCCUGCCCCCCACCGAAGCUGCAGGUGGCCAUCCCUGGUCCCCUGUGCCCUGGUCUAACUUAUGAGUGUGCCCGGCCCCCAUUAAAGCCGGCUGUAACCAAA